CAUUAAAGGCGCGUCAGGCUGUCUUUUAUUGCAUCCUGUUUGUUUGCCAGCUGUGGACUGUAACUCUUGUGGAAAUAGAUUUGCUAAACUAGAAAAAUGGCUGACCAGCUGACAGAGGAGCAGAUUGCCGAAUUUAAAGAGGCAUUCUCACUCUUUGACAAGGAUGGAGAUGGCACCAUUACAACCAAAGAGCUGGGCACUGUCAUGCGCUCUCUUGGCCAGAACCCAACAGAGGCUGAGCUGCAGGACAUGAUCAAUGAAGUGGAUGCUGAUGGCAAUGGAACGAUAGACUUUCCUGAGUUCUUAACCAUGAUGGCUAGAAAGAUGAAAGACACAGACAGUGAGGAGGAGAUCAGAGAAGCAUUCCGUGUCUUUGAUAAGGACGGGAAUGGUUAUAUCAGUGCUGCUGAGCUCCGUCAUGUGAUGACAAACCUCGGAGAGAAGCUGACUGAUGAGGAGGUUGACGAGAUGAUCAGAGAAGCAGACAUUGAUGGUGAUGGUCAGGUGAACUACGAAGAGUUUGUACAGAUGAUGACGGCAAAGUGAAAGCCUUGUACAGAUCCCCUCUCUCUCUUUCUCUCUCUUAUAAAUAAUUUGCCUUUUUUCCUUUUAAUUUAUCUGUAAAACGUUAAGUCCCCCCCCCUCUUCCUCCCAGCUGUCCAAAGGAACUGCAUGUAAACUGCAUAGGAUCUAACUCCUCAUGUCCCUUUCUUUUGCUGUCAUCGUGUUUUUUGGAGUGACGGUGCGGUUACACGAUCAGGUGCUUGUUGCGGCGAUACGGGGGCAGUGGCGCGCAAAAACCCUGCACGUCACGUCUGCCUGCCCCCCACCCGAUGCGUAGCAAGAGCGGAGACCUGCCAGCUGGCUUGCCACUUGGCAACAACGUUGGUAGGGCAACAAUGUAGAGGAGUAACUCUGCAUGGACUAUGGACUAAGUAUAUAAUAUAUAUGAAAUUUAUCAGCAUUGCACUACUGCAAAAGAAAAAAAAGAAAAAAAAUGAAUAAAAAAAAGACACGGGUGUAUCUUCUAGAUACUCGUACAUAAACUCUUUUUGUAUCUGCUGUUCUGUACCAGAGAACUUGUUUGAAUCUUAUUAUGCUUUUUCAUGUUUUCUUCACUUUCUUUUUUCUUUUUUGUUUUUCCUUCAUUUUUUUUAAACGGCUUAACGUCAUUGUCAUAAUUCAUUCCAAGUUGUAUAUUUUUGUUUUCCAAUAAAAUUUACAACCCAGAAUUGAGAAGGUUUCCUUGUUUAAGCCCCUGAGAAUGCGAAAGCUCUUCAGUAUGUUGACCGUUAUGCAUCCCUGAGCUGAUUUUUAGUGGUUUUGAUCCACUUACAUCAAUCAGAAUGUUUACAAUUAUUGUAGUAGGAAUUGUUCAUUUGUAAAUCCUCAUAAAAUGUUAUCUAAGUCAACUGGUUGAAUUACUAUGUGUAAUCACAGGAUAGGAUGAGGGGUUUCACCUUGUCAAAGCAAAAUAAACAUUCAUUAAAGUACUCUUGAAUGACAA